CGCUCAUCCUCAACCUCAAUCCUCCAUUUGUUUCCUUUUUUUACUAAUUUCCGAAUUAGCACACAUAAUCCCGUUUUUGCAUAUAAAACAUCUCCCGGAGAAGAUCCCAACUCUUCAUCAACGUAACCCCAAUUAAGAAAAAAACAAAAAAAAAAGAUUAAAGAAAAAAAAGAAGUGGGGAGAGAGAGGAGAGAGGAGGAUAAUUAUAAAAAAAAAAUAAUUAGUAGGGACAGAAUUAAAUUACAAAGAGGCCGAGUCGUGGACUCGUGGGUGACCCGGUGCCCACCUGGCCAUCCACUAGGGGGAAAAUAAAAAUAAAAAUAAAAAUAAAAAAAUAAUAAAUCCAGCCUUUUUCCGGGUGUUCUUCUCUCUGCAGAUAUUUUGAUCUCGGAGAUUGAUUCUUUUUGGGUUUCUUUCUCUCCUCCGUCUACUUUUUAUUUCUUUUUUUUAUAUUUAUAAUAAAAUCUCCCCUCUUCUCUUCUUCCCCCUUCUCCAUUACUGCCUCCCCUUCCUCUGAUCGACAAUGGCGGAGGAAAAGAAAUACAUUACCAGCGAGGAUCUGAAACAGCACAACAAGCCGGGGGACCUCUGGAUCUCGAUCCAGGGGAAGGUCUACGACGUCUCCGAGUGGGUGAAGCGGCACCCCGGCGGCGAGGUCGCCAUCGCCAAUGUCGCCGGCCAGGACGUCACCGACGCGUUCAUCGCCUACCACCCGGGUACGGCGUGGAAGAAUCUCGACGGCCUCUUCACCGGCUACCACCUCGAGGACUACGCCGUCUCCGACGUCUCCAAGGACUACCGCCGCCUCGCCGCCGAGUUCUCCAAGCUGGGCCUGUUCGACAAGAAGGGCCACGUCGCCGUCUCGGCCCUGGUCGCCGUCGCGGUGCUGUUCUCGCUGGUGGUAUACGGCGUCGUUUGCUGCGACUCCCUCUGGGCCCACCUCGGAGCGGCGGUGCUGCUAGGGUUCUUGUGGAUCCAGAGCGCCUACGUUGGUCACGACUCGGGCCAUUACCAGGUAAUGACGACCAGAGGGUACAACAAGCUCGCCCAGAUGCUCGCCGGAAACUGUCUCACCGGGAUCAGCAUCGCGUGGUGGAAGUGGACGCACAACGCCCACCACCUCGCCGUGAACAGCCUCGACUACGAUCCGGAUCUGCAGCACAUCCCGGUGUUCGCCGUCUCGACCCGGCUCUUCAAAUCGAUCCGAUCCGUCUUCUACGGGCGUAACCUCGAUUUCGAUCCGGUGGCGAGGUUCCUCGUCAGCUACCAGCACUGGACGUUCUACCCGGUGAUGUGCGUCGCCAGGGUGAAUCUCUACCUCCAGACCUUCCUCCUCCUCUUUUCCCCCAAACGAAUUGUGCCGGACAGAGCGUUGAACAUAGCUGGGAUUUUGGUUUUCUGGACCUGGUUUCCCCUCUUGGUCGCCUGCCUGCCCAAUUGGCCGGAGAGGUUCGCUUUCGUGCUCACUUCCUUCGCCGUGACCUCGAUCCAGCACGUUCAGUUCUGCCUCAACCAUUUCCCGGCGAAUGUGUACUUGGGUCCGCCGAGGGCGAACGACUGGUUCGAGAAGCAGACGAGGGGCACGGUGGACAUCUCGUGUCCGUCGUGGAUGGAUUGGUUCCACGGCGGGCUCCAGUUCCAGCUGGAGCACCAUCUGUUCCCCAGGCUGCCGAGGUGCCAGCUGAGGAAGGUGUCGCCGGUGGUUCAGGAUCUGUGCAAGAAGCAUAACCUGCCGUACCGGAGCUACUCGUUCCUGGAGGCGAACGUGUGGACGAUCAAGACGCUGAGGGCGGUGGCGGUGCAGGCCAGGGACUUGGCUAAUCCUGUGCCCAAGAACUUGGUGUGGGAAGCUGUUCAUACUCACGGUUGAAAGGUUUUCUUUGUUGACUACAAAAUCCAUCUAUCCAGGGGAAGUUUGUUUUCUUUUGAAGAAUUUCUUCCUCCUUUUGUUGUGUUCUUUUUUUCUCAGUGAAUUGAGAACUGGCCCAGCUUACAAUUUACAGGGGUAGACUUGUUCAUCAGUUCAAUUGCUUAUUGUGUUUUUCGGCUGCGACUACAAUCUGCAAGUCCGCAAUUACUAAAUAUCCAGGUUGAACACGGACUAAGACGGUGUUUGGGCCUUGCCUAGCGUCUAACUCGUUUAUAUAUAAGUGUGUUUAUGUGUUGUCUAAGUGUGUGAUUAGACGUUGGAAGCAAAAAUAUGCUGAAUGAUUGACUGGAAUACCAAUUUUUUUUAAAAAAA